CCUUGAAUGACUAAGUCACGGGUUUGAAAGUACGGAAACUCAGUGAGAACGGUCAACGGCUAGAAGUUGUGCCAUCUUUUGUCAUAUUAAAAAGCGGUGUUCUGAAAAGAGAAUAAAGCAGACAAACUUGUCUGAAAGAACAAGAAUUAUUGCGACUGUUCAAAGAUCCAAAGAUAAUAUUAUCCUUUUUUUAUAAAUUGGAUUAACCUUUUCUCGUGGAUAUUUGCUACACUCAUGUUUUACUAUUUUGCUUUCGGAAGCAAUUUGCUAAAAGAACGCAUACAACUGUCAAAUAAAUCAGCUGAAUACGUCGGUGUUGGAGUAGUAAAUGACUAUAUUCUUUCCUUUGGUGGCUAUAGCAAUAAUUGGUUCGGCGCCACGGCAACUAUUAAGCCUUCACCGUCCAGCUGUGUUUAUGGAACUGUUUGGAAGAUGUGUAUGAGCGAUAUGCGUACGCUAGAUUUGCAAGAGAGUGCUCCUGUCCUGUACACACCCGUAGAAAUCUCAGUCAAACUUGCAAGUGACACCUCAUCGGCUAUUAACUGUAGAACGUAUAUGUUAAAUGCAUCUGAACCAGGAGAUCCAUCUCCUUAUUACUUAGACAUAAUUGUUCGUGGAGCUGUUCAGUCUAGACUUCCUCAAACAUACAUCGAUUGGUUGAAGAGCAUUAAACACAAUGGAUAUUCAGGAAGUUGUAGCCUUUACAUGAAUGUCCUAAAAAAUGUACCGGAUUCUGAGCGUCAUAAUUAUUAUGUGUCUGGUGUACAAAACUCUUAGAACCACUGAUAAUUUAUUGUGAUUGCUUACAAAAAAUAAUCACUUUUGAUUUUGUUAUUUAAUUUGUGAAAAAUUCACGCAUUUCAUGUUGCCUUAGAAUGAUUACUCUGGGCUGGUAACCAUAAAGUACAUGUAAUACUAGUUGACUUGAUAACUAAUAUAGGAUGUUUUUGACUGAAUGAAACUUCAAAUUUAGUUAAUUUUCAAAUUAUCUUUGUACAAGAAAUUUCAAGUGUGCAUACUGCAUCACCGAUAACAUACUGAAUGUUCACUGUUAGCUUUCAUCGUCAUUAGCAAAAACCCUAAGAAUGAAAAGUCUGUAUCGUAUUCAUAUGCAUAGCAUGAAGCAUUUAUAAUGUAUUAUUUGACCUAUUUGAAGUUAUUUUGACAAUAUAUUUUUCUACUAUAUGAA